AUGUCUAUUCACUAUGUGCUUAUAUUGAAUCGACAAGGCAAAACCCGGCUCAGCAGGUGGUACGACAAGACGUAUUCACGGGGUGCGCAGAACAAGAGCAUCACUGAGAUCCACCGGUUGGUAUCAUCCCGAGACCUGAAACACCAGUCCAACUUCAUCGAGUACCAGGAGAAGAAGUUGGUGUACCGAAGGUACGCAGGGUUAUACUUCAUCAUGUCGAUUGAUAUCAAUGACAGCGAGUUGGCGUACUUAGAGUCGUUGCAUUUUUUUGUGGAGAUUCUCGAUGUGUAUUUUGACAAUGUGUGUGAGCUUGACUUGGUGUUUAACUUCUACAAGUUGUAUGCGAUACUAGACGAAGUAUAUUUGGGAGGUGAGAUCCACGAGGUUCUGAAGAGCCGGAUCUUGGCACGGCUAACGGAGUUGGAUCGGUUGGAGUAG